CCUAAGCAGAUUAGAGACAAAAAAUCAAUAGCGAACUUUGAACCCAAAAACCUGCCGAUUUAACUCGCUCCACUACUUUAACUCAGCUCUCCCUCGGUCCCCAACUCAAAAAGGAAAAGUUAUAUGUAUCUAUAAGUAUAAAAUGCAAGUCCUUUCGAAUUCUGUAAAACUCGCUUGGGUUGUAGGAACCCGAAUGAUUCUACUCAAUUCAAAUAAUCAAUUACUCUCCUCUUUAACUCAGUUCAGCUCGUCUCCUCUCUCUUCUCUUCAAUUCCAACUCAGAACCAAAAGUUCAUCAGAUUUCCCUGCAGGAAGACAUAGGGCUGCCGUUGCAACUGCGGAUGUUUGUGAUUCAAACGCAGCACUUCUGGUGAAUGGUGACCUUCGUGCUCUUGAUCCAAUCUUCAAGAUCUAUGGCCGGCGUCUUGCAUUUUCAGGGCCCAUCGUAACCGUUAAGGUGUUCGAGGACAACGUAUUGGUCCGGCAGCUUCUUGAAACCGAAGGUAAUGGAAGAGUUUUGGUUAUAGAUGGUGGGGGAAGCACAAGAUGUGCUUUAGUUGGAGGGAAUUUGGCGCAGUGGGCUCAUGACAUGGCAUGGGCCGGUAUCAUUAUGAACGGCUGUAUUAGAGAUGUCGAUGAGAUUAAUGCAUGUGAUAUCGGGGUUCGAGCACUGGGAUCAAAUCCGUUGAAAUCAAAUAAAAAGGCUGUCGGUGAUAAACAUGUCCCGGUUCAGAUCGCCGGAACAUUGAUCCAUGAUGGGGAGUGGCUAUAUGCUGAUAGUGAUGGCAUUCUUAUCUCCAAAACUGAACUCUCUGUUUAAAAGCAGUUGGUUACUGAUCAUUGAAUUUCUUACCCAUCAAUUUCAGUUAUUUUUUGUAUUCAGUGUUAUUUGUAUUCGAGUGUAAUAUGGAAUAUAGAUGCGAGUUCAACAUGUAUAUAUUCAAUUUGUAGCCAGAUCGGUGACUUGUGAACUAGUUCGAUCGAUUGAACCGAUGAUGGAGUGGGUUGAAGCAGGUUUUUCCAUUUUUUUAACAA